CUCACGGAAGUUCCAGCCAUUUCCUGUCAUUUUGGAUGUUGCAAUUACUUGAAAAUGGCCAAAUUUGCAGUCAAAUCCCUAGACCACUUGGUCUUAACUGUCCGCUCCAUUCCGGAGACAGUUGCGUUCUACACAGAGCAUCUUGGUAUGCGACACGAAAUCUUCACCUCGCCACUCAACCAGAGUAUCCAAAGACAUGCACUCGUGUUUGGCGCCCAGAUAAUCAAUCUCCAUGGAUUCACUAGGGAGUUCGAACCAAAAGCUCAGAAUGUUCAGCCUGGAAGUGCCGAUCUCUGCUUUUUGACUGAGACGAAUGUGGACCAGGUGCUUCAAGCGCUUCGAGAGGCAGGAUUGAGGUCCUAGAGGGCUCUAAAGUUGUGGAGAGGACGGGGGCACAGGGGAGAAUACGAAGUGUGUACGUGCGGGAUCCUGACGGGUGUCAAACUAUGUUGAAACGAGUUGAUUCACAAUCAACAACUUUGGGCUGAACAUGGGCAUCGAAAUCAUGCUGAGCCAUGCUGUGAUAUAUGAGUGAGAAAGCGAGAAGAUGUCUCAUAAGGUUCUAAUAUGUGUGCUUGUUGAUCAUAUAGAGAAAAGAAGAAAAGGACACGAACAUGUCCUGAGGCAUGUAAACCCUACUUACAUGUAACCCUGUAUCUUGGCUUUCCCUCAUCCACAU